AUGUUAGCUUUGAGCCACUACAACUCCUCAGCCCCCCUGCUUCUCCCUCAUGUGGCUAAUGACAGUGGAGGGAAGGUGGAGGUCAGGGCUGCUGUUGAAGGGCUGUCACAUCAUGAAAACCUCACCUUUGAGGAGCCUACCGCUGGUGGAGCCUUCAUUGUCAUAUUGUCCAUGACACUGGGCAUCAUCUCCAACAUUGUGGCCCUCUUCAUCCUGGUUAAUGCUUACUCCCUUCAGCGCCGGCGCUCCAAAGCUACAUUCCUUCUGUUUGCCACAUCACUGGUGAUUACAGACUCGAUUGGCCAUGUGAUUCCUGGUGCCCUGGUUCUCCGACUCUACCUCUCUGGAGCUGCAAGGCCUCAGUAUGUCAACUCCUCUGAUGGGAUGUGCCAGUUCCUCGGUGGCAGCAUGGUGUUCUUCGGACUAUGCCCUCUCUUCAUGGGCUGUGCCAUGGCUGCGGAGCGAUGCCUGGGUGUUACUAAACCACUGCUGCACUCAUCUUUGGUCACAAAAACACGUGCAAAAAUUUGUCUUUCCGUCAUCUGGCUGGCAGCCUUAAGUGUGGCCUUGCUACCCUGCUUUCAGCUGGGUUCCUACACCUAUCAAGAACCAGGGACCUGGUGUUUCAUCAAAGUGCUCAGUGACACUAAGGAGGUGGAUGUGGCAUUUGUAGUAUUGUUCUCUGGACUUGGGCUGACCUCGCUAGCUGUGGCACUGGUUUGUAACACCAUCAGUGGACUGACACUGGUCCUCGCCCGGCUCAGGAGGCAGCCCGGCUCCCAUCACUCAGCCAAGUCCCACGACAUAGAGAUGGUGGUGCAGCUCGUUGGAAUAAUGGUCACCUCAUGUAUCUGUUGGAGCCCUCUGCUGAUCUUUGGCCUGAUGUCCGCGAUUCACUCCUACACGGGAACCAUUGGACACAGCUUGUCAUACUAUGAAACCCUGAUGGUGAUGGGAGUGAGGCUGGCCACGUGGAACCAGAUCCUCGACCCCUGGGUCUACAUCCUGUUGCGCCGCACCGUGCUCCGCAAAAUCUACCUCAUCGCUAAGUGCCAGGCAGGCCUGAGGGGUACUAUUUUGGGCCGUUGGGAGCCGUCCUCUUUUCCCAGCUCAGAGAAGAAUGAUGUAGAUCAAGUCUGA